AGGGGGGAGAGGGAGAGAGGAGCCAGGCAAGGGUACCGCAUGGUACUGAGUGGUAAAACUAGCCUCGGGGAGGCUAAGGCAGGGGGCCAGCCUGAGCUACAUACCUAGUUCUAAAACCCCCUGGUGUGACCCUGUGUAAAGAAGCAGGGUCUAGGGAGAGGGUGGCAUUGAGGUAGGGCACUUGUAUCCCAUUAACACCCUGCCGUUGAGUCCCAGGGAGAGAGGGGAGGGCCUUAAGGGCUUCAGGGUGUGGAUACAAUUUCCAGUAUCUCUCUCCCGCACCUCUGUGGCCAGGUCCUCCAGCCCGGAUGGAUCACACCCUGGAUCCCAACGUCACGGUGACCGACUACUACCCCGACGUCUUCACCACCCCCUGUGACACGGAGUCCGCCGUCAGAGGCGGAAGGUUGCCCCUCGCCGUCUUCUACUGCAUCCUGUUUGUGCUGGGCCUUCUGGGCAACGGCCUGGUCAUCCUGGUCCUCGUGGCCUGCAAGAAGCUGGGGAGUAUCACCGACAUCUACCUCCUGAACCUGGCCGUUUCCGACCUGCUUUUCGUCUUCUCCGUCCCCUUCCAGACUCACUACCUGCUGGACCAGUGGGUGUUCGGGACUGCGGUGUGUAAAGCGGUGUCUGGCUUUUACUACGUCGGCUUCUUCAGCAGCAUGUUCUUCGUCACCCUCAUGAGCGUGGACAGGUACCUGGCGGUCGUGCACGCCGUCUACGCCCUCCGAGUGAGGACGGCCAGAGUGGGCGGCGCCCUGAGCCUGGCGGUGUGGCUGACCGCCGUGGCAGCCACGCUCCCGCUGCUGGUGUUCUACCAGGUGGCCCCUGACGACGGCACUCUGCAGUGCUUCCCGUUUUACGACAACCAGUCUCUGAGGUGGAAGCUCUCCGUGCACUUCGAGGUCAACGUCCUGGGCCUGCUUCUCCCCUUCGCCGUCCUCCUGUUCUGCUACAUCAGGGUCCUGCAGCAGCUGCGGGGCUGCCAGAACCACAACCGGACCAGGGCGGUCAAGCUGGUGCUCGCCGUGGUCAUCGCGUCCUUGCUCUUCUGGGUCCCGUUCAACGCCGUGCUCUUCCUCGGGUCCCUGCACGACCUGCGCGUCCUGGACGGCUGCGCCGUGAGCCAGGGGCUCGCUCUGGCCACCCACGUCACGGAAGUCAUCUCCUUCACACACUGCUGCGUGAACCCCGUCAUCUACGCCUUCAUAGGGGAGAAGUUCAAGAAGAACCUGGCGGCCGUGUUUCAGAAGAGCUGCAGCCACAUCUUCCUGCACGUCGGGGGGCGAGCGCCGCUGGGGGCGUGGGAGAGGCAGCUGUCCUCCAAUCAGCGGUCUUCUCACUCCUCCACCCUGGACUACAUCUUGUGAGGAGGGUGUUGUGCGCCGGCUCUGCUCCCUGGACAAAAAGCGACCUCGUGGUUUGGGGAUUUCUUUGUGCCUGCGUUCAUGAGAGGCGGCGUUUUGUAAUUUUUUUUCUCUCUCUCACUUGUAAUGACCUGGCCAGGCUUUGCUUUCUUAAAAUGUAUUGAGAAAUAUUCCCUUUUUAAAAAAAAUCUAUUUUCUGAGACGGUUUGUGUAAAUAAAAAGGCAUUGCUUUCUCUUUGAA